AUGGGAAAAUCUUCUAUAACCGAUGAGCAAAAGAAAUGGCUCGAAUCCCAUAUUCCAGCAUUCACUGAAGUGCAGAAGAAAUCAACAGUUGCACGCUUUCACCCACACAUCGCUGAAGGCUGGUUUGAGAAAUAUCCUGAACGCAAUGCUCUCUUUCCAACAGCAGCUGGUGAGCUGUCAGCAGUUCUUACCCACCACAGGAGGAUUCGACUGGCUGGGCGUUUUUUAUUGGAUGUGCUGGUCCACUUCCAAAAGCUGGAGGGACAGUAUAUCAACACAACUACUACUUUGGGCCAAAGAGCGAUGGUGGUAGAGACUUCCAUGAAGCUUACACAGGAUUUAAAAAAGGAAUUUCUUUGUGUAUGUUUGACUCAAAACUGUUUCAGCACCAGAAGUCUGUCAGGAAAGAGCUUUCAGCUUCACAGGAGUGGGACGUAG